AUGCGUGCAGAUGCUGUCAUCUCACCUCCGCCGCCAAUGAAUGAACAGCAAGAGGAGGCACGGAGAGAGAGAGAUGGAUAUGAAGGGGAUGAGGAGAUGACAGGAGGGGAAGAUAGAGGAAGAAAGACGAAGACCCUCUACGAGUUCCGGGUGCCCGAGUCCAUCGAGCUGGGGUCCACGGUGGGACUGAUCCGAGCCAUGGACGGAGACAUCGGCGAGAACGCGGAGAUGGACUACAGGAUCAUCGGGAGCGACGGCACUGGCGUGUUCGACAUCACCACCAACAGGAGCACGCAGGACGGCAUGAUCGUGCUGAGGAAGCCGCUGGACUUCGAGAGGAAGCGUCAGUACAGCCUCCGCGUCCAGGUGGAGAACGUGCACAUCAACCCCCGCUUCUUCUCCAUGGGCCCGUUCAGGGACGAGGCCACCAUCAAGAUCGUCGUGGAGGACGUGGACGAGCCGCCGGUGUUCGAGCGAGCCAGCUACGUGAUGGAGACCAAAGAGGACGCUCCCAGGAACACCAUCAUCGGCUCCGUCAGCGCGUCCGACCCCGACGACAAGAACAGUCUCGUCAGGUAUUUGUGGGAGGGACUCGAAAACGUUCAGGCUUCAAUCAGAAGAAUCAAACCAAUGAAA